AUGAAAGAAUUUAUUGCUGAAGGAGACACUAGAAACAGGAUGACCAGGACAGCAGGCUGUAAUGGGAGCUGUGGUGGCCAGCGUGUGAACUCAGUUACCAUUGGCCAGCUGGGUGUGGGCAGGUGUACUCUGCUCCUGCCGCUCUGCCUGCCGGUGCUGAGAAGGCAAAGUGAAACUGUGCCACACCAUGAGGAAGAGAAGAAAGCUCCUGUCCUUCAUUCCCAGAGGAUGGUCCUCACUCACAGAGUCCGCGGCACUGGUGACUGCCCCCCACAACUCGGCUCCAGGGCUGAGGCAAGAAGAGAAGAGACGCCCCGGCUCCCAGCGCCUGGUCCUGCUUGCCCUUCUGGCUUACUCCAGUCCCACAAUCUUUAG